AUGCUAUCAGGGAGAGACACCCAGCUGCUCAUGAGAGACAAGAAUCGUCCAAACCAAUCAGACGGAGACAUUGAGUGUAGGUCGCCACCAAGCAAAGCUAUGCUAGACCUAGGUCUCCAUGUGUCUGCGCAUGACUGGAGACGUCCCAAGAAGCCAGGCAGCCUCCUGAACUCCUAUAAAUACGCUCCUCCAGCCCCAAGUCCAAACCAUUCCAUUCCCAAAGCUAGAGAGCACCUGAAAAGUGAUUAG